AUGACCAACGACACGGCUCACGGCACCACGGAGGCGCGGGAGUCCAGAGGCACCUGGCUGCGGAGGUCCGAUGACGUCAAGAUCGAGUUCGGCUUCGGUAUGCCCUUGGGGUCGAUGUCGGCGCACCCAGCCUUCCACUCCGCUUGGGACCUCGGCUGCCCCUCGUCGGGCUUCCACCAGAUGGCGCGGAUGAUGGACCGCAUGAUGACGGAGAGCCUGCAGCCGUUCGGCUUCGCGCGGGUCUCGGCGCGGCGGCGCGGCGACGAGAAGGCGCCCGAGGGGCCACAGGGGCCGGAGGGGCCCCGCGACGGCCUCCGAACGGAGAACGGCAGGCGCGAGAGGGGAAGAGCCGAGACGCACGCGAGCAACGGCACCAGACACCCUCCGACACAAGUUGUCAGACCUACGCAGGCGACAACGUUCCACGAGUCGCCAUUGGACCAGGCUAAGCAGACGGACCCGACGACGGAGAAAUGGGCGGGGACCCUACGCAAACGGAACACCGACAUACAGCCUACGCUGCCGUCCAUUGUGUCCAGGAAGACGUCCACGUCCUCGUCGGUGGGGAGCGGGAGGAAGGGCCGCUCCCUGGAGAGGGUGCCGAGACCCAAGCGACAGCUGAUCCCGAUCAAGCCCAUGCGGAAGGCGGACGGCGUCGCGGACGGCGACGUGACCAUUCUGGAGAAGGACGAGAAAGUGUUCGACACAACCGGCUACGAGUUGCACCUUGUGGAGACCCUGGAGAGGGACAUUCUGCAGAAGAAUCCCGACGUGCGCUGGAAGGACGUGAUCGGGUUGGACGACGCCAAAGCGGUCCUCCAGGAGGCGAUGGUGUUGCCCCUCGUCAUGCCCGAUUACUUCAAGGGCAUCCGCCGCCCCUGGAAGGGAGUGCUACUGACCGGUCCACCGGGCACUGGCAAGACGCUGCUAGCCCGCGCCGUUGCCACCGAGUGCCGGACCACCUUCUUCAACGUGUCCUCAUCAACCCUCACGUCCAAGUAUCGGGGCGAUUCGGAAAAGCUCGUGCGUCUGCUUUUCGACAUGGCAUCGUUCUACGCCCCGAGCACGAUAUUCAUCGAUGAGGUGGACUCUCUAUGUGCGGUGCGCGGCGCUGACUCUGAGCAUGAGGCGUCGCGACGCUUCAAAGCGGAGCUGCUCAUACAGAUGGACGGGCUCGCUGCCGUUUUCAAUCAAGACAAGGUGAUAAUGGUGCUGGCAGCAACUAACCACCCAUGGGAUAUCGAUGAAGCAUUUAGAAGACGUUUCGAGAAGAGAAUAUAUGUCGGGCUUCCUGAUGAGAUUACAAGAAUGAAACUGUUGAAGCUCUGCCUGCGUGAGGUUUCCUUGACAGAUGAUGUAGAUUUCGACGAAUUGGCCGAAAAACUGGACGGUUACAGCGGAAGCGAUAUAUGUAAUAUAUGCAGGGACGCGGCGAUGAUGACGAUGCGCCGGAAGAUAGCGGGCAAGAGUCCCGACCAGAUACGCAGGCUGAAGCAGUCUGAGCUCGAGGCGCCGGUCUCCAAGGAGGAUCUGAGCGCGGCGGUCGAGAAGACGCGCCGCACCGUCAGCACCAGCGACGUCGCCCGCUACACCAGCUGGAUCCAGCGCCACGGCUGCUCC